AUUUUGACGUUUGGCUCGCUUUCUCUCUCGUCUGACAUCUCAGUGAGUAUAAACAAACAACGUGUUACUAUUCGAUUAAAAUGGAGUCGCAACUGUAUUAUUUGAAGUGUAAAUUUUAUAAGAAAAACUUUGUUAGCCAGCGAAAUGGCGUUCCUAUUUACACUGGGGCGAAGGAUAUUGGAGCUGGUGACCUCACCGAACUACUUGAUAACAUUUGGAAGACAAUCGUUGAUAGUGGUUGCCUGGAGCGUGAAGUCAUCGUCGAAGGCGAAAAUGUUGCUUGGAGCGCUGAUGUUCCAGAUAUUGCCAACAAUCAAAUUGAUAAAUUUGUGCAGAUCUUCGAUCCUAAGGGCAGAAGAAAUCACACUCCUACAGGCAUCAGCACGGAUUUGCUAGUGAGCCUAAGAAGCAAAGAAGUGGACGUGGUGGUCUUUGUUUACACUCGCAACGUUGCAACAAACGGAAUUUUCAAUAUUGUGAAAAAACAAUUAUUGGACCCAGCUGUUCGUGACCGAUCUACUGCCGUUGCCAACGAGUUGAUUGACGAGAUCAUCGGUAAGCUUAAGUCGGCUCACUCACAUCAUCUAACGACACCACAACCGAUAGGCUGGCGAAUAUGGGCUACAUUCAUCGCAGCAAAACCAACGCAUGCACACGAACAACUUAUACGAGACAGUCCUCCGGACCAUGUUGUGGUGUUGUUUCGAAAUAUUGCCACCAGUGAGGCAGAAAUUUUAUCGAAUGCUCAGCAAGGACUUCGUCUUGCUCGAAACGUGAAUGGGAUGCAACGUACAAGUUUGCAUGGUAUUCGUUUGCGGGUGCAACAAUUGCAAUCGAUUAUAAACUCGUGCCAACGAGAAGUGGAAAGUUUGAUGACGCACCUCGAGUAUCUGGAACAGCAAGCCGAACGAGAAGAGUCACUCCUGUGUGAUAUGAACAACGCCGUACAACCAAUGGAAUCUACGUUUUCGCUUGAUACUGCAGAGUUGGUCACGGAUUGUGAAGACAUUGACCAUAUGAACUGAUAUAUGAGGCAGAUGGUUCGGUUAACAUUUUUCAUUUAUUUCUUUAUCGUAGGACAGAAUUCAUUAUAUUGCUCUUGGAGCAUUGCUUUGUUAAAAAACCUUUAGGGGCUUGAGAAUUACUUUGUUAAAACCUUAAAGGGUCUUGAGAAUUACACAUGUUGAAUUACGGCACUCAGAGGUUUUUCAUUGGAUCGAACGUGCCGUCAUAAUUGUAACCACAUUUCGUAAAUAUUGCCGUCGAGUCGAAGUAGCUGAAUUUAGUGAUGGUGGAUGCCACAGCUGACAACAAAUCGCUUCCUUCCUUGUAGCUUUUUUUCAUGCUCUUUUUGCACAACCCGAAAAUGAUUUCUAUCGGAUUAUAGAACGGACAAUAUGCGGGUAAGAAAAUCACCAUGAUUCCCAACGACCGCAAGUAAGUCGUUAUGUUCGGAUCACAGUGUAUCCUAGCUCCAUCCAAAAUAAAAACCGAAUGUCUGCCGGGAUAUGUUUGCACCUUGUUGCUCAGAACGAAAUCUCUGAUGUUGGAAAAGAAUAUCUUUCUCGUGAAUGUCCCAUCCGUUUGGUAAGUGGCCUGGAUGCCUGACUGACCCAAGAAACACAGCAACGAUAUUCUGGGUUUUCGCACAAACUCACCUCGAUGCACCAAUCGCUCACCCUUGAUUCCGUAUCCUUUGUUCCUCAAUAUUCCCUUGUUGUCAAAUCCUACCUCAUCCAAAAAAGUCAACGAUGACAAAUCCCAUUGUAUGGCAGCCAGCUCAAAAAAAAAUCGGGUGAUGUCGUCCUCACGAACUUGAAUGGCACGUCUUUCCAGAGUCUUCCAAGUGUAUCCUGCGUGAUGAAGUAUACGGCAAAUAGACGAGGCCGAUAUGUUCGUUUCGAAUUUUUUCAUGAAAAGGCACUUUGCUUCGUGCAGGUAAGUAACAGGAUUCCGGCGGUACAAUUCAAUAAUCCAAUUUCUUUGUCCAUCAUUAAAUUUUGCCAAUUUUCGAGCUUCGGAUCUGGAGUAAAAACCAUUUUCGAGGUACUUUUUUAUCCAGCGCGUGAUGGUCGACUUAUUUUUGUUGAAGGUUUUUGCGAGCUGUGAUUUUCGUUGACCCAAAAAGAAAUAUCCGUAGAGGCAGUAGUAUACCACAUCUGACGAUGCGUGUUCCUUCGAAGUUUUAUAUAAAAUUAACGACAUGGUGCUAACGACUUUCA